AAAAGUCAGGGUGGCAGGUAAUAAGUGGAGGAGAAGAAUGUUUCUCUCUCUUCCUGUGUUGACUGUCCUUAUUCCAUUGGUCUCUUUAGCAGGACUGUUCUACUCGGCCUCUGUGGAAGAAAACUUCCCACAGGGCUGCACCAGCACAGCCAGCCUGUGCUUUUAUAGUCUGCUCUUACCCAUUACUGUACCAGUUUAUGUGUUCUUCCACCUUUGGACUUGGAUGGGCAUUAAACUCUUCAGGCAUAAUUAAUGCAGCUAGAGCCCAGAUGGUACAUACAUUAAUGCUAUGUUGAGUGUCUAUAUCUGAAAGCUCAGCUGUAUGGAAAUACCAGGCACACGCCUAAUUUGUAGGAAAGAUGCUUUACCUUACUUCUGUCAGACUUAGGACUAUGG